AUGGGCGUCACCACAGAAGAAUCAUCCCGCGGCAAGAAAGGCGAUGAAAAAGACGGGUCAACCAACAUCGAUUCAAGCUCACCUUACUAUUUGCAUGCGUCGGAUAAUCCACGACAAAUGCAAGUAAAUGAUGUUCUCACCGAUAGCAAUUACAACGAUUGGUCUCAAGAGAUGACUAAUUCUCUGUUUGCAAAGAACAAGAUGGUCUUCGUAAACGGAACCAUUGAAAAACCAGACGAACAAGCAGACAACUACAUGAUAUGGAUGUGGUGUGAUGCCAUGAUCAAGGGAUGGCUCACCACAGCCAUGGAGAAAACCAUCAGAUCCAGUGUGAAAUACGCCAAUACCUCAGCCGAGAUGUGGAAAGACCUCAAAGAAAGAUUUGAAAAGGAGAGUGCACCCCGUGCAUAUGAACUCAAGAGAACCUUUACCAUCACACACCAAGAAGGUACGUCUGUUUCAUCCUAUUAUACGAAAAUGAAAGGUGUGUGGGAUGAGAUCCAAUCGGUGUGUCCUUUGCCUCGAUGUCCAUGUGGUCGUUGUACAUGUGAUGUUGGUAAAAAGUUAACCGAGUCAAAGGAGAAAAAGAGAUUAUAUGAAUUUCUAUUAGGGUUGGAUGACACCUUCUCGACGGUAAGAACACAAAUUCUUACCACAAAACCUACACCAACACUGGGAGAAGCGUACCAUCUCGUUGCAGAGGAUGAACAACAACGAGAGAUCUCAGCCACAAGAAGGGUGACACAAGAAGCUGCGGCCUUUCAAAGCCUAAGCCUAAACAAAAGAGAAAGCUCGUUUGACCCAAAUAAUCAACGAAACAAACCACCGUCCAAAUAA